CGGCGGGGACCUGAGCCCGGCGCCCGGGACAGCGAGGGAGCCCCGCGCGGCGGCCGCGCCCCGCCAUGGCCGGGGUCAGCUACGCGGCGCCCUGGUGGGUCAACCUCCUGCACCGGCUGCCCCACUUGGACCUGCGCUGGGAGCCCACCGGAAGCCAGUUCCGGCCCGAGGACAGCGACUACCAGCAGGCUCUGCUGCUGCUGGGGGCCACGGCGCUGGUCUGCCUCGCCCUGGACCUCCUCUUCCUGCUCUUCUACUCCUUCUGGCUCUGCUGCCGGCGGCGCAAGAGUGAAGAGCACCUGGACGCAGACUGCUGCUGCACUGCCUGGUGCGUCAUCAUUGCCACGCUGGUGUGCAGUGCCGGCAUUGCCGUGGGCUUCUAUGGCAAUGGGGAGACCAGUGACGGCGUCCAUAGGGCCACCUACUCGCUCCGCCACGCCAACCGCACGGUGGCCGGGGUGCAGGACCACGUGUGGGACACGGCCAUUGCACUCAACCGUACGGCGGAGCCCAGCCUGCAGAGCCUGGAGCGGCAGCUGAGCGGCCGGCCGGAGCCCCUGCGGGCAGUGCAGCGGCUGCAGGGCCUGCUGGAGACGCUGUUGCACUACACGGCCGCCAUCCCCUUCUGGAGGAACUCGGCCGUGUCGCUGGAGCUGCUGGCCGAGCAGGUGGACCUCUAUGACUGGUACAGGUGGCUGGGCUACCUGGGCCUGCUGCUGCUGGACGUCAUUGUGUGUCUCCUGGUGCUGGUCGGCCUCAUCCGCAGCUCCAAGGGCAUCCUGGUGGGGGUCUGCCUGCUGGGGGUCCUGGCUCUGGUCAUCAGCUGGGGUGCGCUGGGCCUGGAGCUGGCUGUGUCCGUGGGCUCCAGUGACUUCUGCGUGGACCCCGACACCUACGUGACCAAGAUGGUAGAGGAGCACUCGGUGCUGAGCAGUGGCAUUCUGCAGUACUACCUGGUCUGCUCACCCCGUGCCACCAACCCCUUCCAGCAGAAGCUGUCGGGCAGCCACAAGACCCUGGUGGAGAUGCAGGACCUGGUGGCCGAGCUGCUGAGGAGCGCCACGCGGGAGCACCCGGCCACCAAGGACCCACUGCUCCGAGUCCAGGAAGUGCUGAACGGCACGGAGGUCAACCUGCAGCACCUCACGGCCCUGGUGGACUGCCGCAGCCUGCACCUGGACUACGUGCAGGCGCUGACGGGCUUCUGCUACGACGGCGUCGAGGGCCUCAUCUACCUGGCCCUCUUCUCCUUCGUCACGGCCCUCAUGUUCAGCUCCAUUGUCUGCAGCAUCCCACACACCUGGCAGCAGAAGAGAGGAGUGGAUGAGGACGGGGAGGAGGAGGCGGCAGUGCCAGGGCCGCGACAGACGCACGACAGCCUGUACCGCGUGCACAUGCCGAGCCUGUACAGCUGCGGGAGCAGUUACGGCAGCGAGACCAGCAUCCCGGCCGCGGCCCACACCGUCAGCAACGCCCCGGUCACCGAGUACAUGAGCCAGAAUGCCAACUUCCAGAACCCUCGCUGUGAGAACACUCCCCUCAUCGGGCGCGAGUCCCCACCGCCCUCGUACACAUCCAGCAUGAGAGCCAAAUACCUCGCCACGAGCCAGCCUCGCCCCGGCUCCAGCGGCAGCGGACACUAGCCCGUGAGCGCCUCCUGCCCCACGUGCCAACAGCCCCACCCCUGCAUGGCCACGCUGGACCCUCCGCGAGCUUCGCCAUGGCAGCCCUGGGCACAUUUGCUGGCCCCGAACCCUCUCCCCGUCCUUGCAGGGGCACAGAGAUGAGGACACCCCAAGAGCAGACCGACCGCCACUGCCCCAGCCCUCCUUCCCUCCCACAGGGCUUCGGCGCAGCAACCCUGCCCACUUCUUGGUUUGCAGACACUGUGCCCAGCGCGUGCUGGCCGCAGGGGAGGGGCCGUGCCAUCCACUUCAUCAUAUGCGCAUCUCUCUGCAGUGCCAGCAGCUGCCAUGGCCCCCGGGCACAGGCACCCCUCCUCUGGGGGGCUCCUCUCUCCCCCAGCCCUCCACAGCCAGCAGGUGCCACGCGGAGUCCCAGCUGCACGGCGGCCUCUUGGUGCCGGUCUCCUUCUUGGUGCCAAACUCCCUCGCCCACCCGAGACCCACUGCCAGUCCAGUUUUUGUUUUAUUCUGUUCCUUUGCACUAACCACGUUUGUCAUCUCCAGGGCAGGUGGGGCUCCCCUCAGCUCCAGGGGCCUGACCUGAGCCAGCUGUGACUGUCCCCGGUCCCUGCUGCCCCCUUGGGACUAACCACUGGCCUCACUCCCAGCCUCCACCCAGAGCGAGCCUGUGGCCAGGCUGGAGCUGAGGCGCCUGGCAGCUGGUGGGAGCAGGCUGGGGCCGCCUCUCCGUGGGGUGUCCUGUGGUCUCAGCCCCCUGCGAAGCAGGGGGCGGUCUUCCCUAAGGUGCUUUCGGUUCUGUGUAUGACGUGUGCUAUGCUUCCUGCUGCCCCACCCCCAAGUCUGGCCAGGAAGUUCUGCGCGGGGCACCCCACGUGGGCCUCUGGCCCUAGCAGGCCACGGAGGGGAGGCGGCCAGCAGCCAGGCAGUUUACACAGGGGCAGCGCUCCCUGAAGCCCCGCCCCCGCUUCAGAGCCUCUGCCAGGGGUGGGGAGGCCAGCUGGGAGGAGGGGUCCGCGGGAGUACCUGAGCCACAGGCAGCCCCGAACGGGGCCCCACCCCAAGCCCCCCGCCCCCCGUGCCCUCCAGCUGGACACAGACCUGCCUGCGGUCAGGAGCCUGGGCAGAGGGCAGGAGCUGUGUGUGUGCAUGUGUGUGCCGGCCUGCCCCGGGGCUGGAGGACUCACAGCACGGGGGUUUGGGAGUCAUUACCUCCUUCCUGCCCCAUCCCCACCCUCCCCAUCCCAGCGGCCUCUCCACACCUCUUGGCUGCCAGGUGAGGGCCACUGUGCAGCAGUGGACUCGAGCGUGGGUGCGGUGGCCUCAACCCUGCGGGAGCCCCUGCAGCAUGAGGCACCUGCUCGCUCUCCCCGGGGCCCCCACCCCACCUCACCACUAUGCAACUCCGGGUCCAGCCCUCUGGGCUCCAGCCAGGGGGGCCGGUCGGCACGCACGGGACCUCAUGUUGAGCCGUGACAGCUGCGACCCGCACCGCGCAGGCAUGUCACACAGCAGGCAUGCGCAGUCUGAGAGCUUGGCGCCCCCAGGCCCAGCACCUGCCCCUGCCCGCCUGGCCCAUGGGGUCUGAGCCUGGAGCCGUGGACAGACUGCCCUGUCCCUGUCCCCCGCCAGCCUUCUCGGGGCCCUGGCCAUGAUGUACUGUCGCUGUGGGGCUUGUUUUUAUUGUUUAAAACCGGGUCCGGGGUUUUGAUUUUUUUAAUUUCUUUGGGGACCUUAUUUUUCUUGACAAAUACUAAAAAUCUCGUCAGUGUAAUUUCUGUGGUUUCUAUUCAGCUUGGGUUUCAUGUUUUGAAAUAAACAAGUUAAAAAAAAAAAA